AUGAUAAACAAAUUGAAAAUUGGAUCAUUUGAAGAUUGUUGUAAAUUAUAUGAUUAUCCCGUUGAAGCUUUAAAAUCUAUUAAUCCAAAUUUAGAAAUUGGUGGACCAGCAUUAGCAACAAAUGAAUCAAGUAGAGAGUUUUUAAAUAGAUUUUUAGAACAUAUUACCAAUGUAAUAAAUUAUGCAACGAAACAAAUUGGAACAUCAAUUGAUUUUAUUUCAUUUCAUACAAAAGCUUAA